CAUACUUUAUUCCUACACAUCAUUACAAUCAAUCUCUAACCAUUCUCUCAAACUAUAAACACAACAACUUCAAUUUCUUUGCUAUAUAACAUUACAUUUACAUUCUCACACUACUUUAAUCAUUUUUUAAAACUAUACAGUUAAUAAUGGGAGUGAUGAACUUGGAUCAACCACAAUUGUUGUCAAAGAUUGCAAUUGGUGAUGGCCAUGGUGAAUCAUCAUCUUACUUUGAUGGAUGGAAAGCCUAUGACAAAGAUCCUUUUCAUCCAUCCAAAAAUCCCAAUGGAGUCAUCCAAAUGGGUCUUGCAGAGAAUCAGCUUACUGCUGAUUUGGUUCAAAACUGGAUAAUGGAUAAUCCAGAAGCUUCAAUUUGUACCCUAGAAGGAGUUCAUAAUUUCAAACAUAUGGCCAAUUUUCAGGAUUAUCAUGGUUUACCAGAGUUCAGAAACGCUGUGGCGAAAUUCAUGGCAAGAACAAGAGGAAACAGAGUGACAUUUGAUCCCGAUCGGAUCGUGAUGAGCGGCGGAGCAACCGGAGCUCAUGAGGCUACGGCGUUUUGUUUGGCCAAUCCUGGUGAAGGCUUUUUGGUGCCUACUCCUUAUUAUCCAGGUUUUGAUAGAGAUUUGAGGUGGAGAACAGGAGUUAAACUUGUUCCAGUUGUCUGUGAAAGCUCAAACAAUUUCAAAUUAACCAAACAAGCCUUAGAAGAAGCUUAUGAAAAAGCCAAAGAAGAUAACAUCACAAUAAAAGGUUUACUCAUCACAAAUCCAUCAAAUCCUUUAGGCACUGUCAUGGACAGAACCACAUUAAGAACUGUCAUCAGUUUCAUCAACGAAAAGCGUAUCCACCUAAUCAGCGACGAAAUUUACGCUGCAACGGUUUUUAGCCACCCGAGUUUCAUAAGCAUAGCUGAGAUAAUAGAACACGACACAGACAUUGAAUGCGACCGUGACCUCAUUCACAUAGUUUAUAGUCUUUCAAAAGACAUGGGAUUCCCAGGGUUUAGAGUUGGAAUAAUAUACUCAUACAAUGAUACUGUCGUUGACUGCGCGCGCAAAAUGUCGAGUUUUGGACUAGUUUCAACACAGACACAGUACCUGAUGGCGAAAAUGCUGUCUGACGAUGACUUCGUUGAGAAAUUUCUUGCUGAGAGUGCGAAGAGGUUAGCACAAAGGUACAGAGUUUUCACUGGCGGACUAAUCAAAGUCGGAAUCAAGUGUUUACAGAGUAACGGUGGACUUUUCGUGUGGAUGGAUUUAAGAGGACUUCUUAAGAACGCUACAUUCGAAUCCGAACUCGAACUAUGGAGAGUGAUUAUUCAUAAAGUUAAGAUCAAUGUUUCGCCCGGUGUUUCAUUUCAUUGUUCUGAGCCAGGUUGGUUUAGAGUGUGCUAUGCUAACAUGGAUGAUAGAGAUGUGCAAAUUGCAUUACAAAGGAUUAGAUCAUUUGUGACUCAGAAUCACAAAGAGGCUAUGGUUUCUGAGAAGAAUUCUAAACCAUGCUGGCAUAGUAAUUUGAGGUUGAGCCUUAAAUCAAGAAGGUUUGAUGAUAUUAUGAUGUCACCUCAUUCUCCAAUUGCUCAAUCACCUCUUGUGAAAGCUACUACUUGAAUUAAUUAGCAUGUUUUUUACUAUCAUAUAUAAAUAACUGAUAGAAGAUUUUUUGGUUUGAUUUGUUAUUUUAGGAGCCUAAUAUUAGGUCCUAUAAAUGUUGGGGCAUUUUUUCUUUUUUCACUUAUUGAAAUCACAUUGUAGUGAAAGAAGUUUAUAACACUUGUAAGGUUAUUAUUUGUUUGUUUGAAGGGUUCAGAAAAUAUCUGUAAUCUGUUAUUAAAAUUUGUAUGGUGAAUUGUGAAAUUGUUAAUAAAGUUGUUCAAUUGUACUA